CGGUGGUACGUUCCUCCCUCCCCCUCCUGCUCGCUUUGCUCUCCGGCCCGAGUUCCGCUUUACCUCCUCCCCUGACUGAUCAGGCCUCACUCUCUGUCCCUGUAAGCCGGUGAAGAUGUUGCGGUGUCCGAGUGCUGUGUUACUGUUUGCGCUGCUGGUCAGGGUGUCAGGGGAGCCCUGGGAAGAAGGGGCAGAUGAAGACCCGCACAACAAGAACCUCUACACGGCCGAUAUGUUCGAUCACGCUGUCAAGCAGGAGCCGCACUUCAUCAUGUUCUUCGCUCCCUGGUGCGGUCAUUGCCAGCGUUUGCAGGCCACUUGGAAUGAGCUGGGGGACAAGUACAACAAUAAGCCACAGACUCCAGCAUACAUUGCCAAGGUUGACUGUACUACAGAUAUGCCCACAUGUACUGAACAUGGUGUCAGAGGAUACCCCACGCUGAAACUGUUUAAACCAGGCCAAGAAGCUGUGAAGUACCAGGGACCCAGGGACUUGCAGAGUUUGGAAAACUGGAUGCUGCAGACUCUAAAUGCUGAACCAGAAAAACCAAAUGUUGAAGAAAAGGCUGAAGAACCUGCUAAAGUUCCAGAACUUAAACAAGGCCUGUAUGAGCUUACUGCAGCCAACUUUAAGGAGCAUGUUGCAGAAGGAAACCAUUUCAUCAAAUUCUUUGCGCCAUGGUGUGGACACUGUAAAGCUUUGAUUCCUGCAUGGGAACAGCUCGCAGCAUCUUUCCAGGACUCUAAAAGUGUUAAAAUUGCCAAGGUUGAUUGCACUCAACAUAAUGGGCUUUGCUCUGACUACCAAGUGCGUGGAUAUCCUACUCUGCUGUGGUUUAGAAAUGGAGAAAAGGUUGACCAGUAUAAAGGAAAGCGAGAUUUGGAUACUCUGAAAGAAUAUGCUGAAAGCCAAUUGAAACCUGCAGAAGAAAAGAGAGAGGAGGAACAGAAGGAGGCUACUCCACCUCGAGUAGAAGAGCCUGUGGCAGUAGAGUCCAAAGUCCUGUCUCUCAGCGAAGGCAACUUUGACCAGACUGUUGCUGCAGGUGUCAGUUUUAUUAAAUUCUAUGCCCCCUGGUGCGGUCACUGUAAGAACCUAGCUCCGAUUUGGGAGGAUCUCGCCAAAAAAGAAUUUUCUGGUAUGAGUGAUGUUAAAAUUGCCAAGGUUGACUGCACAGCUGAGCGUUCACUUUGCAGCAGAUUCUCGGUGCGUGGUUACCCAUCAUUGCUGCUUUUCCGUGCAGGGGAAAGAAUUGGUGAACAUGAAGGCGCUAGAGAUCUAGAAACACUACAGAACUUUGUCCUACGUCAUUCCAGGGAUGAACUUUAAACCCAUCCUGAACCCUAUGGGUUUGAGAUGCCUUGCUGGGCAACAAAGUUACUGAAUUUUUUUAUAUGCAGUAUGGGGUUUAAUAAAUACAUUCAAUUGGGUGAGUUAUCUUAGUGAUGUACAACACAGAGAAACGGAAAAACAAUGUCAUUGUUCUACCUUGUUAGAGCUUUUAGGCAAAUAUAAUAUAAUAGUGCAGAGAUGCCUAAAACUGCCAAUUUAAGGUAAACGCCUGUCACAGCUGUUAUAGGUAGGUUUAUGCUUUAAAAAUGAACAUUUAAUUGAGAAAUUCACCAGGCGUGUCAUUGGUCUUACACUAUAGUCAAGGAGAGACCUCUACAAAAAUACCUCUCAGGAUUUUGUUUCAUACCACUAUAUAUAGGACCGUACCUCUCAAUGGGAAUGAAGAUCCACAGGUAUUCUCCAAAACAAUUACAUUCCUUCCAAUCGCACGUCUAGAUUUUUUCUUCUUAAUUUACUGUGGAUCUGGAAUAUGUCGAAGUGCCUUAUUUGGUGGAACAGGGUUUAAAAGAAGGUGGUUGUUUUGGGGGUUUUUUUGUGCAUAACAUGACUCAUAGAAAACAAUACUGCAAAAAAGAAAUACAUUUUCUAUUGUGUAUAUCAUUAAAUAACCUUUUUUUACCUCAUGGAAAUAAUGUGAUCAGAAAUCCUUACAAAAUGUAUUUCUUUGGUCAUUUUGUAUUCAGCAUUUCCAACAUUUUCUAGUUGGCAGUGCAACUGCAUCAUUAGAACAUCUAAGUGGAGAACCCUUAUGUGUAAAUUGCUUUUGAUAAUAAAAUUGUUAACACGUCA